CGUCAACUGAACCUCUAAAAGCAAGGUCAUUUAGUGGUGGUAAAGUUACCUUUGGGAAGCUGACCUUAUCCGGUCCCUGUGGGAAGUACAAACUACAUGCGAAAAUGUCCAUGGAGUGGUCAUCCCUCUUGAGUUCUGAUCUUGCUGUUGAACUCAAGCCAGAUCCCAAGAAGGCACAAAAACUUCAGGUGGACUACAAAGAGGAGUGUGUCUACAUUGCUGGGGAUCUUUUUCCAGAUUUUGACAUAUCAGUAAUUGCUGCUGAUGAGAGCACCAUGACCAACAUCCCUCACAAGAAGAUCUCCAUGAGUCUAUGGAAGUCCACUACCAACGAUCAACACCCUGGUCCGCCACCACCGACCGCGCUAAUGACAGACAUGGACAAGCCCAGUGAAGAGGAUAGGGAAGGACAUUUCUACUGCAGAAAACGAAAACUACCCGAAGAGGCACGCAUGCACUCGAUAAUCUUUCAAGCUUCCGUGGAUCAACAGACAGGGCGGAAGCUUUGA